AUGCCUAUUUCAUUUCAAGUUAAUCCAGAAUAUGCUCAAAUAACUGAAUUAAUUCCUGGUUUAUUUAUUUGUGGUGUCUCUGCUUUGACACCUGAAAAUAUGAAAAAACAUAGAAUUGGAUUGAUUGUUAAUGCAACAGAAGAGGUACCAAAUCUUAAAUCACUUGGUGAUAUUGCUCGUUCUAAAUUAUGGAUAAAAGAUUUGUCUAGUGAAAAUAUUUUUUCACACCUUGAACCAUUAGCUGAUCAAAUACAUUUAAUUUUGGCAGAUGGUGGUAAAGUAUUGGUUCAUUGUGUUGCUGGUGUCUCAAGAUCAGCAACCAUCUGUUUGGCAUAUUUAACAAAAUAUCAUUGUAAAAGUUUAAGAGAGUCAUAUCAUUUAAUGUGUUCAAGAAGACCAAUGGUUAGACCAAAUUUAGGAUUUUGGAGACAAUUAAUUACUUUUGAACAAUUGAUUAAAAGAACAGCAGGAAGUGUUAGAUUGGUAAGAGAUGAUGCACAAAGUGAUAAUCUUUUACCUGAUGUCUAUCUUCCUCAAGUUGUUCCUGAAAGACCAGUUAGUCCUGAAAAUAUUGAUACUAAAAAUGAAGCGAGAACAAGAAGAAAUUCUGGAAGUAAUAAAAAGUUUAGUCCUGUACUAGAACCUGUGCCUGAAAUUUGUGAAGCUGCUGCUUAA